AUGUCGACCCCAACGUCCGCCGCGUUGACCCAUCUAAAACAACGCAGAGCCAAGCUCGAGGCGGACGAGGCCGAGAUCGAGCGUCAGGUGUACGAUUUAGAAACUUCAUUGUUGACCGAUCACAGCUCGGGCGGGAACGUGCUGAGAGGUUUCGAACAAGCGCUCGCGCAAGGGAAGCAGCAUCAACAGAGGAAGACGAAGCCUUUCAAGACGGAGGAGCGGUUGUUCAGCGUCUCGAGCGUGUCGUCGCAGGUGGUCGGAGAACUGCAGGCGGAGGCGGACGCGGUGCGGACGACGGCGAGCGGACGCAUGGCGAAACCGCCGUCUACGUUCGGCGUGGGGAGGACGUGA